ACGUACCAAUCCGGUAGCCACUGAAACAGAAGAAGGACGCAAUUUAUCAAUGUCUUCUUCGACUUCAGAGCCCUCCAGGUCGGAGGAAAAAGCCCCAAUUGACUCGGACAAGCCAUCAACAUCUGCAGGGGAAAAUGAAGUAUGUAAAGCCUGCACCUUUGACAGAUCUCCAUCCGAAAUGGUUUCCCACUACAGCAAAUUCAAGGAAGAAAUUCAUCGGUUCUGCUUAUAUUGCCUCAAGUACCUUCUGCACCUGGAUGGCUACCCUGCUACCUGCAUAUUCUGUGGAGAAUCUCUCAAAGAUGAAGAAUAUUGGCAUGUCUUAUCUCCGAGCCACAAGGCAAUGGUGAGCAUGCUUAGAGAUGAAAAGGCCAUUCCUGUUAAGGAAAGAGCUUACUGCGCAAACCAACAGUGUUCGGCUCUGCACUCGAAGGCUGAAGCGAGGCUGCCUCAGGAAGAGCUUGCGAAGCUCUGUUAUGAUGCUUCUGGGCUUGCAGAGUGCAAGAAAUGCAAGCAGCGUUUCUGCUUGAACUGCCACGUUCCAUGGCAUGAUUUGAUGUCGUGUGAUGAUUAUAAGAAAUCGGUUGUUGCAGCGGAAUUGGAGGCUGAUGAUAGAAAGUUGUACAGGCUUGCGGAGAAGAAGUUUUGGGUUACGUGCAGUGACUGCGAGAGGAUUAUAGAGCAUGAUGGAGGCUGUGACAAUGUUCAUUGCAGGAGGAUCUACCGGCGGCACAGACAGGAUAAGACGUGUUGCAGGAGGGCCCUCCAAUAGGAGACUCGGGG